UGGUGGCACCGCAGCUGCAUAACACCGUCCGGCCGGAAGCAACCCUGCGGGAAGCAAGCCACAGAUACACUACACCGUCAGUUGGCAAUGGUUCUCGCGUCGUAAGUUACCUGCUCCGCCUCUUCUUCAACGCUUAAACGGUUGCACACUUGGUAACAGAGUCCAAGCAAAAGGUUCUUCCUUUAUACGCGAGAGGGAAAGAGAGAGAGAGAAAGUAUGAGCUGAUGGCAGACCAAGGCGAUGCUUCCUUACGCAAAGGAGAGUGCCAUGCUGCACUCUCCUUUAGGUCAGAAUCAUGCAUUUUCCCUAUAUAUGAAACUUAAUUUGCUUCUUCUCGCUCUUCCCAACUGGUUCCCUACUCGUUUCAUUACCGCUUCAGUGCCAAUAUCCCAUUGGCCGCCCUUUCAAUUUCUUUGCUUAUAUUUGGAAUGUCCGUGUCAAAUAGUAGGAGGUGGUUAUCUGUGCCAGGUAUACCAUGCACAGUCCUGAUAUGCAUUCUUUUGCCCACUUGUAGGGAUCAUAUCGCCCACUUUCAAGGGUAAAUGUCAUGCACAUAAACUUGUGCACAACACGGCCUAUGCAUAUAACUAGUUAAGGAAACAAUUAUGAACCAACACGCAAGAUUAACAAAGGAAAAACAGGAACAGCAACUCAGUCGAUCGGUUCACGCGUUGUUUCCAUAUUUGAUGCUAGUUUCAGCUUCAAAGGCGAUCGAGUUUAUUGGAGUCCAAUCAGUUCUCGAAAAUACUGCCCUCAUCUGCUUUAAGUUCUUAGGGUACCAUGAAGUUAAUUAAUUAAACCGAUGCAUUUAUUGUAAUAACAUGGACAGAGAUGCCGCCAGGGCCACAACCGAUGAUCGAUGAAGGGCCAUACCAUGUUAUCUGAUACAGGCGUGAAAUACCCAUUUGAGCAAGAAGUAGGGGACUGGCCAUGGCCCGUCCCGGUAUGGGCAAGGUGAGGAGCUGGACGGACACAGGCUGGUGCGUGUGGACACAGCAGAGAUGGGGAGGGGAGCUUGUGGCCUCUCCUCACCACGUCGAAGUGGGUGCAUUAUAUGGGGUUCAUCUAAUUGUUCAUCUCUGUGUUGAACAAGUGAUGGCCUCAACUUGGACCGAGAUUGGAAGUUGGCUGCUGAUUGCGGGAAGAAUGCUUGGGAGGACAGCCAACGACGUGAAGAAUUACUGGAACUCUCACUUGAACAAAAGGUUGUCAGCCAAGGCAGCUACAAGGAAGGUUCCAGCAGCCCCUCUAUCUCAGGCAGUUGUCUACAGGCCGCAAGCUCACAGAGUCUCCAUGGAACGCGCGAGUUGCUGCGCCAGAUGGAUUCACCAUGGGAAGGAAGUCUCGACCCUCCAGCUAUUUGCAACCACCGGACAGAGCCAAAAUGGCAGACCAAUUCCUUGUUCCAGCGCUAUCAAGCUCCAAUCUGCCAUGGUCUAGAGGACUUUGCCCUCGAAGGAGGAGAUUGCUUCCUCGAUGCUGAACUCGACCAAUUUUAUAAGUUGAGAAAGAAAGAGAUGAAGAAAGAAAACAGGACAGUUCCGAAUUAUGCUGAUGCCAAGACAUGGAAAGGCAUGAAAAUACAUCUUCUUGCAAACCGAAUCUACAGAGUUGGUAAAUCUGGUAAAUCAUGAGGCUCAACCAAAUCCUUUGAUCAAGGCCAAAAAUAUAGAAUGUAAAUCCCUCAAAUGUAUUGAUCAUUUACAAAGGAACCUCAAGAUACAUCUUCUUGCAAACCGAA